CUGAGGUCAUCGAGUCGUGCAGCUCCAAAGAUGGUCACUGAUCAGGACAGUUCUAGAUCUGAGGCGGGGUCAGAGAUAAGUCCUGACCAUGAGACGGACCGUUUUGGGUUCAUCGUGCCCAGUGGAGCUGAAGCUGGGCACGUCUGGGAGCUGUGCCUUUGAGGGGGGGUACUGUCAUGAUCCUGCAGCUCCAGCCUGGGCUGUGCGGGUGCCCGCGCGGUUGCGCUGAUUGGGAGGCGCACACCUGCGCCUCAUGCAGGCUGAUUAUCCGGUGUAUUUAUAUGACCCCGAUGACGACUGGUCCGCGCCAGUUCGUUGAGCUUCAUGUCCCGUUCGAGUACUCCCAUAUCCCUGAUCGACAACCCGUGUGUACUGACCUUCGCCUGUUCUCCGACCAACCCCGAUUGUGGGCCCAGAACCUCAACUAGUCAGACAGAGGGAGGCCAAGUGGAUAAACAUCAUGGGCCAAUGGCAGAGCAUCUUGUUAAAAAAGACUAACAUGGUCAAAGUGCAAUGUCAGAAAGGCAUCCCAACUUCGCUCAGAGCAAAGUGUUGGCCUUUGUUGUGUGGUGCAACCAACAGGAUGAACCACAACAAGCAACUUUUCCAGUCUCUGGACUCAAAGGCUGCUCUGCAAAUGUGGGUGGACAUUAUUAACAAAGAUCUGGACCGACAAUUUCCUUUCCACGAGAUGUUUCUUUCCAAGGAUGGACAUGGGCAACAAGGUUUGUUCCAGGUGUUAAAAGCCUACACUCAGUACAAGCCAGACGAAGGGUACUGCCAGGCACAAGGGCCAGUGGCUGCUGUUCUCCUGAUGAACAUGCCAGCAGAGGAGGCCUUUUGGUGUCUGGUCCAGAUUAGUGAGGAGUACCUCCCAGGAUACUACAGUCCUCUACUGGAGGGAGUCUUGUUCGAUGCAACUAUGCUGACCUGGGUUUUGAAGAAGACGUGUCCUUCUGCGCACAAACACCUCCAGCGCCACGAAGUGGAGCCUCUGAUGUUCGCCACUGACUGGCUGAUGUGCUUGUUCACACGCCAUCUGCCCUUCAACGCUCUCCUCCGAGUGUGGGACCUGUUUUUCUGCAAUGGGGUGCGGGUGCUGCUGCAGGUGGCGGUGGUGUUGGUGCGUCACGUGCUGGGUCGGGCUGACCAGAGGAAGCAGUGCCAGGGCCAGAUGGAGACCCUGCAGAGGCUGAGGGAUGUCAGGUGUGAAGUCCAAAAAGAGGACGACGACUUCAUAGCAGAGGUGUGUGCUGUGCCACUUUCCUCCAGUGAUCUGGAGAAACAAACCGAGAAGGUGCUGGCAAAGUGGAGAAAAGACAGACCCUCGUCUACUUUUGACCCGAGAGGUCGCUGCCACAGAUACCGAGUAGCAUGGGAGAGGGCUGAACUCAAUCAGGCAGACCUGGAGAGAAAAGAGAGAGAGACAGGCAACCUUUCUGUGCCGCUCACCCGCUCGGCCUCCUGCUUGUCGCUGUCACCGUCGCUCCUUCACAAGAGGUGGAGGAAAGGGGGGGACAUCAGAGUACAGAAGGCCAAGAGCGGGGUUUUGAGGCAUUGCUCAAUUGGUGGAAAGGACUGGAGAAGCUGCAAUGACUUGAAUUUGCAGGCAAAAAAGGAGGAUAAUGAUAAACAACAAAGACGAGUCUCUGAUGAAAAGAAGCAGACAACUGUGCUAAGAGAAAUAACCCAAACUCCAGAUGGUCAAAUUAUUCCUCUGACCAAAGAUGCUUCUCACCAGGACCCAGAAAAGGAUCUUUUAAGUGAUGACAGAGACAUAGAGGUGGGAAGGAGUCAAUUGGAGACAGACCAAGGAGUGGAUAUAGCUUUAAACAAGGACAUAACCUUAGAGUUGGAAGUGAAAAAUGUGGUAAAGACAAAAACAACUGAUGAAGUUUCAACAUCUCAGCACCCAACAAGAUCAGAAUUGGAUGAGGAUACAUCUAGUGAAGCUGUCAAAAGGCAAUACCAGAGGACUGAAUCAGUAACAGAAAUUAACCCAGAACCCCAGGCUGAAACAAAAAUUUUCACCCAAGAAGACGAGGUCGGGGAAUACAGAACCACGCAGCAACAAAUAGAUGACAUUCAAAAAUAUGACAGACGAUGCGACACAAACACUACUUUUAAAACCUCACUUCAAUGCAUCCAUCAGAUAAGAAGUGAAGCGUGUUGUCUUCGUGAUGAGAUGCAAAACAACACAAUUGAACAAGAAACAACUCAUACGGAAAUAACCCCCAGCCUGAAACAAGUCUCUGUGAACAGGACUUCCCGCUUUUUUGAUGAUGCCUGUAUCCGCAUGUCCUCCAGCUCCCGUGGCUCAAAGUUAACACGACGUCUCUCGCAAGAUCUUUUCACCCACCAUGGUCAAAGUGUUCGAGACACCCAAUCUCCAAACCCAACUACUCAUCAGAUCGUAGGAGCACAACAAAUGCCACUCGAGCCGACUAAGCAUUUCAAUCUUUUCCGCAGGCAGCCCAAAAAGAAUACAAAGAAGAGGGCAGACAAAAUCCAAGUCCCCACCAUCUUGAUCCAAGAUUUCAGUGAGGGAACAGGAAAAAUAGUUGAGGAGCAGGAGACGGUGAAUUCCAGGGAGAAAAGGUGGUGGUGGAAACGUGAGCAAGAAAUGAGGGACAAAGAGGAGGAAAGGUUGAGGAGAAAGAGAGAGAAAGAGGUGAAGAAGGAUGGAGAGAGAAGGAAACCACAAACAAGGGGGAAAAGUUUUCAGGUGCAGAGAGAGACAUUAAAAUGCUCCUCUUCUUAUGCUGAAUCUUACUUUUAAUCUAUUCUCUUUGCCUAAUAUCGAAGUUGGAUUUGAAUGCUCUGAGUCACGUAGUUUAACAAUUUUGUUCUAUUCUUUGUUUUAUUCAAAGAAAAUUAUUUGCAUACAAAACAACCCACAAGUGCUGAAUGUUUAGUUUCAACAUGAUUCCAAACGUUCACAAUGUAACAACCCAAUAAUAAUAAUAAAAAUAAGUUGCCUA